AUGACGUCUACGCUCUCGAGUAACGAUUUUGAUUCCUGUUUUCCUCCAUUGAAUUACUCUGCUUCGAAACUAGGGUUUCCUAAUUUUGGUGUUCCUAUUAUAUUACCUCAUGAGAGUGCUGUGGUUGUCUCUGAAUCUAAGUUUGGGAAUCAUAAGGAUCAAUCUUUGUGUGUUCCUGUAGUCCAUAAUUCAUCGGGGAACGUGAAUUUGUUUGAUUUCUUAGAGGCUGCUACGAUUCCUAAUAAUGAACAUCUUGAUAUUCUAGAGGGUGAUACCCCUACGAUCAAACAGAUUAAAAGUCUUACUAAAGAGGUUUCAUCCCUUCGUAAUGAGUUGAAAGCUAAGGAUCAAUUGAUUGAGUCAUUACGGGUUAAAGAUUCAGUUCCCAUGGCUGGGCAGAAUUCUGGACUUUCCUGGAAAGACAAAGUUUCUUCCCCUAAAGUGCAUUCUAGGAUGAAGUUACAGUACUUUCCCCUUGCUGUUGAGGGGGCAACGGUCAGGGUUUCUCCUCCUAAACACGUCGAGACUCAUGGAGCAGAGAAAUGGAAGGAUUGUAUUGUUGGUCAUUUUGUGGAUAAAAAACUCCCAUACUUGUCUGUACGAUCCAUUGCAUUCCGUUUUUGGGGCAAGUAUGGUCUGAAGGAAGUACUCUCUAAUGAAAAGGGUUUUUUCUUCUUCCAAUUUGGGGCAGAAGGGGCUUAUCGUCAAAUUUCUGAGGUUGGUGCUUGGCACUUUGGUAAUCGACUAAUGGUUUUACAAGAGUGGCAUCCUGACUUGGAGUUUGAGAAGGAAAGCCUUUCAAAGCUACCCCUGUGGAUCCAACUAUAUAAUGUUCCCCUUCAAUAUUGGUCUGAGGAGGGGCUUAGUUACAUUGCCAGUGGCAUUGGUAAACCUUUGUAUGCAGAUGAAAUGACUGAAUCAUCUAAGAGAAUUAGCUAUGCUAAAAUAUGUGUAGAAGUUGAUGUUCACUCGGAGCUGCCUCACUCUAUAGAUCUUCUUACUUCAAUUGGGAGGAUGAUUACAAUCGGUGUGAAGUACCCUUGGCGGCCUUUACGUGUUAAGACUGUGACUGAGGCUUGUGCUAUUCCUGAUAUCCCUAAGCUCCAGAAUACUCCUAAGAAACCUACAACUACUAUUCCUUAUGCUAACCAGUUUUCAGCUCUGCAGGAAGGAGUGAUUAUUUGCACUGAAAUGGAGUUAUCUGGAAAAGACGCUACUUUUGUUCCCAAUGUGCAUGAGAGUGAUAUAGUUACUUUUGAUACUUCUGAUCCUUUAAUUGUUUCUGAUAACGGCAAUUCAGUAGAAACAGUGAAUCCAACAGUAAACUUUGCUGAAUCUUGUGAUGAUCAAGAGGUUCUUCCAGCAUUUGAUUUUCUGCCACAUGAUCUUGGUGUUGGAAUAUUUGACCCUGAUGUUGUGUUUCAAGCCUUAACAGAGAUGGAACAAAUUUCUUCUAAGCAGGCUAAAGGUGCUCAUAAACCAGGGGGAGGGAGUUUAUCUCUGAUUGGGAUUGUGGAGUCCAAAAUUAGGAAGGACAAUAUUAUACCUUCCAUGCAACAUUGCCUUCCUUCUGGAUGGGAUUAUAUUCAUAAUUGUGAUUUAGGAUCUGUUGCAAGGAUUAUUGUGGCUUGGAGGAAGCAGGGGACUAUGGCAGCACUCUGGGAUGAUUUGAGGAAUUGCAAAGGGUUUAUGGGGUCUCUGCCUUGGAUUAUUGUUGGUGAUUUUAACUCUGUUCGUAAACCAAAUGAGAAAUCUGAUCCUUGUCUUUUUGAUGCUAGUGCUGCUUCCGAAUUCAAUAAUUGUUUGGAAGAUAUUGAAGUAGAGGAUCUAAAUUCUAAAAAACUCUGGUUUACUUGGUCCAAUAGAAGGGUUGGUUCUGAUCAUUGUAGCAGCCGAAUUGAUAGAUCUUUGGCUAACUUUCACUGGCAAAAUUUGUUCACUGAAUCUGAGGCAGCUUUCCUUGCUCCAGGUAUCUCAGAUCACAGCCCUAUAGUUGUUUCCAUUGUUCCUUAUAAGGGAGGGAAAAAGCCCUUCAAAAUUUUCAACUUCUGGAUGAAACAUAAAGGGUUCUCCCCUCUCCUUCUUCAGUCAUGGAGUCAACCAAUGAAAGACCUAUCUUCUCCUAUGCUGAUUCUCUACAAGAAAUUAAGGCGUCUUAAACCUUGUUAA